AUGACGUUAGGCAACGAACCGAGGAGAGUCCACAGAAGGUGCCGUAAUGUGUGCACAGCGACGGUUCAAGGCAAUGUUAUUUUAGGAGUCAUCGUGAUGGUAUAUCUCUGCCUCGGUGCGUUUGUUUUUUAUCAACUAGAGUUAAGUCACGAGCAGCUUUCUAAAGAAAUGAUACUACGUCGAAAUGCGGAGAUCAUAAACGGACUCGGCAGUGCGUUGAAUCUAACUGACGAUGACUUGAACUGGAAAGCGAUUGUCGAAAAAUACCUGAGGGAAUACGAAAUCAUGAUUUUGAAGGCAUCUGACGCGGGUAUAACGAGAACAGGGACAAAAUGGACCGCGGCGUCGGCUUUUGUCAUGAGUCUGACCAUCGUAAGUACUAUAGGUUAUGGGCAUAUUACUCCAGUUACAUGGGAAGGACGUCUAUUUUGUACCUUCUAUGCAAUAUUUGGGAUACCAUUAUUUUUACUUUUAUUGUCAACUUGUGGAAAUGUUCUGGCUGAACGAGUCGAGAAAGCCAGUAGAAAGAUACGCCGAACAGCGCAUCGAUUUACAUACAAACAGCGGACAAAACGACGAUCACAGUGUCAUUUCGCAGCCCAUGGUGAACAUCACAAUGGCCAAUCAUGUGAAACCACACAUCACACAAUCCAAUCGCAUGAAAACACACAAGAUGAUAUUCGCACGUGUGACGACCUUCGCAAUACUAGCCAAUCAUGUGAUGGCAUCGAUCACGCGACGAACCAAUCACUUGAACGCCUACAUCACAACAGCCAAUGUUGUGUUGACUUUGGCUGCUCACGUAGUAAUAUAGAUCUAAGCGCGAUGGGAUACGACAAUAAGGCCAUGGUUUUUAACAAACACGAAAACACCGAUAAUGACCAUUUUAGAACUUCGGGCACCAAUUAUUGUAGCAAUUAUAAUAAUGUUGGUGAACAGAACAACACAACUACCCACGAAUCGUUGGAAAACGAACCUAAUAUGCAAGAAAUGCAAACAAGUGAAACGGGAAGACACGUAUGGCUGAAAAACGACGCAAAAACGGAUACACAGCUAAAUGAAAAGGGCACUCAAACGCAACGGGAUGAAACGAUAACGCGAGAACCGAAACACAGGAAAACGAUGACGCAAGAAACGCAGCGCCAUGAAAUGAUAACGCGAGAAACGGAGCGCGAUGAAAUGACAACGCAGGAAGCGCAACAAGAUGAAACGAGUGUACAAGAAUCGCCGGGUCACGUAGGUAGCUUGGCGGAGUUUAGGAGACCGGACGAAAAUAAAAUCUCAGUGCACAAUCCUCCGACUGUGUGUAACGACGUACAUACAAAGGAGGCAAAUGGUAAUCCCACACGAUAUGCUAGGAGAAUCUCAUUCAAUCAGAAGUUUCAUGAGAUGCCUGCCCGACAAAAAGCACUAGGGUUAUUAAUUUUCAUGUUUUUAUUAUACAUGGCAAUCUGUACUGUAGUCACGUACUUCAUAGAAGACGAUUGGAACUUUGUUGACUCAUUGUAUUUUUGGGUUGUAACAUUUACAACAAUCGGGUUCGGAGACUUGACGCUUUCUAGAAAAGCCGUUGAUGGCGACAAUGCCACCAAUUAUAGUAAUCUUCGAGCAUUUUGUAUAGCCUGUGUUAUUAUAAGUGGACUUAUAUUAUUAUCUGCGUGUUUCUCAUUGGCGCAAGAAAAAAUGAAGACGUGUGCAAAAGACGCUAUUCGAAGACUCGGAAGAAGCCAUCGCAUGCAAAGACAUCAUGAAUGGAGCUAA